AUGCCUAGCAUUAUACCGGCUGGUAUUACCAACUUCAACUACUCUGCAUGUUUCAGUAUAGCAGCUGCCCAAGGACUGCGUUCUCUGGUACCUUUCGAGAGGAGAAUCAUAAACGCUGAGGGCCAAGAUUCUCUACAGCACAAUGGUGGUCUCACGUCUACGUUGCAGAUUCUGUUCGAGCAGAUGUCUGACGGUUCGACAGGACCCGCGGACAUCCGAAGGUUUUUCGAUCAGUGCAAGAAGGUUUGCCCGGAGCUCAUGCGGGAGCCUUAUCGUCAGCAUGACUCGCAGGAGUAA